AUGCCUUUCUACAGGCGCACGGUGGUGCCCCGGCGCCUGUGCCCGCGCAACCCGCCGCAGCCCCUGACGGAGCUCCGCGAUGUGAGUCAUUUAGCCAUGCUCAGCCUGCUCCGGCAGCUCGCUGACCUCUGUGGCCACUCGCUGGCUUUGCUCGAGGACCUCGAGGGGCACCUGCUGGUCAUGGGGCGCCGCACCGACAGCCUGGCCCGGAGCAUCGUGCGCCUUCGCCGCCGCCUUCCCUGCCGCUUGCUUGGCCCGGAGGAUGACCAGGAUGAGCAAGCUGCAGCUAACUCAGGUCGGGAAAAUGCGACAGCGACUGCCCACUCCAGGUCGUCAUGGCGACAGCCAGUGAACGUGUUCCUCUCCUCAGGCAGGCCCCCGAGUGUAGAGGAGCUGCUUCGAGAGGCGCAGCUUAAUCUCCAGAGCCUGUUGCAAGAAGAAUAUGAGGAGCAGUACUCAGAGGCCAGACUGCUGGGGCAGACCUUCCGCUCUGCUGAUGAGGCCCCUGAGCCCACUCCCAGCCCAAGGCCCCAGUCUGCCAGGCGUCUGGAGUUUGUAUUGAUGCCUACAAAACAGCAGCUGAGAGAGGAUGAGACUACCACCCAGGGUGUGAGGGCCCCUGAGGCCUCCCUGAGCCUGUCUACCACAGCGGACAAGCAAGUUGCCUGGAAUAUCCCCUUCCCUCUGCCCAUCCUAGAGGAGAAGCGGUGGCUUCAGCCUUGUUCCACGCACUCUGACAUUGUGCCCAUCAACAUCUCUGGGCAGCAGUUCGAUAAACAUGCAAGUUUGCGACACUCCUUGUUUAACACAGAGACAGCCGUGAACCCCAAGUCCACCCUGAGGCGGAGGCGGACCAUUAUUGGAUUCUCUAACUUUUCCCAGCGAGAUCAAGGUCUCAGCAACAGCCCCACAGGCAGGUUAGCUUGCUCUACCAGCUCAGAUAUCAAGCCCAGUCAUUCUGUUCCAGAAGGUGUUCAUGGAAGAGUUUCAGUUGGUCAGGAAGCUCGUUUCCCAAAUAUCACCUCAUCAGUACUGAGAAAUCCUUCUGGUGAUCCAGACAAACCUCUCCAGGUGUGUGGUGGCACCACGCCUCCUGGCAUGGAAAGCAUUGGAAUGGUGUAUAGUGUCUCCAGUUCUUGCAAUGGACCAACAGAAUCUACAUUCUCUGCUUUGUGGAAAGGAGAUGCUUUCACCUAUAUGACUCCAAAUGCCACCAGUCAGAGCAAUCAAGUCAAUGAAUAUGAAAAAAAACCUGCUUCUGGAAAUUCAUGGGUCUCUCUGCACACACUGCCACCUCUGGUUCCUAAGGAGGCUGCUGCACUCCUUGUCACUCGUGAUAACCCAGCAGGAUGCAGUGGAUCAGCUGGCUACUCUGAACCCUCUACUCAACAAAGGCAAGUAUCAGAGCGACCCUUCAAGAUUGGCCUUCUGACUGGUGGCACCUCAAGGCUGGAGACAGGCCCAGGUGGGACCAGCAGGUUCCGGGAGCGGUCACUCUCUGUACCCACAGACUCAGGCACCACAGAUGUAGACUAUAAUGAGGAGCAGAAGUCCAGUGAAGCCUGUGCCCUGCCUUAUGCCAAUACAAGUUCUGAGGGCAGUAACAGUGCUGACAACAUUGCCUCCAUUAGCUCCCAGCAAGAGGCCCACCACAGAAGGCAGAGAUCCAAGAGUAUCUCACUCAAGAAGGCCAAAAAGAAGCCUUCCCCACCAAUGCGCAGUGUCUCACUGGUCAAAGAUGAACCAGUCCUCUUGCCAGAAGGUGGGUCAGCACUACUCAAGGACCAGAGGUCCAAGAGCCUUUGCCUCUCCUUGGAACACCAAGGACAUCAUUCAUCCCAGGGUCACCCAGCUGUGCCCAUUUUCAAAGACCCAGAAGAUUCACAAUUCUCCCACCACUGGUAUCUUACUGACUGGAAGUCUGGUGAUACCUACCAGUCCUUGUCCAGCUCUAGCACUGCCACUGGCACCACAGUCAUUGAGUGCACCCAAGUUCAGGGCAGCUCAGAGUCUCUUGCCUCCCCUUCCAUCUCAAGAGCUACUACUCCUUCCCAACUCUCCAUUGAGGUAGAGGCCAGGGAGGUAACCUCUCCAGGAAGGCCCACUGGGCUGAUGUCACCGUCCAGUGGGUACUCCAGCCAGUCAGAAACACCAACACCCACUGUCUCCAUGUCCUUGACCCUGGGCCACUUACCUCCUCCAAGUGGCAGUGUCCGGGUGCGUCCAGUGGUACCUGAGAGGAAGUCAUCACUGCCCCCACCAUCGCCAAUGGAGAAAAUUUCUAAGUCACGAUUAUCGUUUGACCUACCAUUGACCUCUUCUACCUACCUGGAUCUAUCUGGGAUGAGUAUCUCCUUACGAAGCAAAACCAAGGUGAGCCGGAAUCACUCAGAUACAAAUUUUGGGGCCAAGUUGGUCCAGAAAACUGGCCCCAAUCAGCCAGUCAUGCCCAUGGUUACUCAGUCUGACCUACGUUCUGUCCGCCUCAGGUCAGUAAGCAAGUCUGAGCCAGAAGAUGACAUUGAGAGCCCUGACUAUGCUGAGGAGUCAGGAGAAGUCUUUACCUUACAAGAGAGAAAGAUGAGACCUCCCAUAGCUGAGAAACCUCCGCUGGCCCGAAGGCCUCUAAGCUUGGUUCACAAGCCACAGUCUGUCCCUGAGGAGUACCCAUUAACUUCGCCUACAUUAGCUAUGACACCUCAGAGCUCAAUUCAAUACAUGAGGCCAUUCCCUCCAGACAUCUACACGGUGGUGCGGAAACCAAAGUCCUCCAGCUUCCCUGAGGCCAGAAGCCCAGGGGAGUCAACAGCACCCUCAUCUCUUGUUUUUACACCUUUUGCCAGUUCCUCUGGUGCUUUCUGCUCAGGAACACAGCAACCUCUCCAGGGAAGUACAGAGGAUGAGGGCCCGAAAGUGAGAGCUCUAUCUGAAAGAAUUAGCCUCCAGAGCCAGGAACAAGCUGAGAAGAAGAAAAGCAAGAUUCCACCUCCUGUACCAAAAAAGCCCAGUGUGUUAUAUCUGCCUCUCACCUCACCCACAGCUCAAAUGGAGGACUAUGUUGCUGAACCAAGGCUGCCUGUCAGCCCCAUCAUCACCCUGGAAGACGCUAAGUGUCCCUCCACUGGUGACCACCUGCAAUCAUCUGGUACAAUAAAGACAACUUCCACACCACAGGCUGAUGAUGGAAGGGAGGCAAGCCCUCCAGGGAGUACUAUGGAACCAAGUACUGAAGAAAAAAGUGUUAUCAGUGAUAAAACAGCUGAAUGGAUUGCAGAAGAUGAUGAUGAUGUGUUUGUGGCUUCACGUACAACUGAAGAUUUAUUUACUGUGAUACACAGGUCCAAAAGAAAGCUGCUUGGCUGGAAGGAGCCCGGUGACACCUUUGCCGGAGGCAGCAGACCGAGCUCCCACUCACCAAUAAGGAACACAGCUGAUUCUCCAAUUAGUGAGCCAACUGCUUCUGUAGGGUCAAGCGGCAGUACCAGUCUAGAUGCUGGCAGAAACGAUGAUUUCAAGGCCUUGUUACAGAAGAAGGGAAGUAAGGCAAAUCCAAGGUCCCGCCCCUCAGCAGCUGAACUGCUGAAGACCACUAAUCCACUUGCUCGGAGAAUUAUUGCACAGUUUUCAAACGACUACGACACCACCGGUAGUCCCAGUACCUAA